GGUAUUUAUAGCCCAGGAGCGGAGGCCGAAAUUAAACCCCAGGUCUGGGAAGUAACUGGAAAGAAUCUAGAGGGAGGGCAGAUGCAGGGCCGGGGAGCAGGAUGGAGCUCGCCCCCCGGGGCAAAGUCGGUUACCUCUGGGGCCUUACCGCAGGUUCUGCUUCCUUUUCUGGGUAUUGGGUAACCGUCACCCCGCCAUUUCGGGGUUGGAAAGGGAGGUUACGCGGGCCCUGCGCGGAUCACGUACUGCUCUGGCGCUUCAGAGAUUAACCAGACUGAUAGGGAUGGAGCCUAAGGCAACGAGUGUCCCUGUGUCCCUAGCCCCUAUUGCCCGCCCUGCCCUCUGUGCCCACUAGUUUUAUUGUUGCUAUUUCUGUGUGGGCUGACGCGGUGGAUGAAGGUGGUGAAGAAGCCCAGAGUGCGGGGAUGGAGGUGGGGAGAGGAGCCAGAUGGGUUGAUCCCCAGAGCCAGAUGGGACUUAAAGGUGGGGGAAGGGGAUAUCCAUUAUGGUCAGUUGAUGCCAACUGGAAGCUGAAGACACCUCUGCAGCCCACAGUAAAGAAGAGGGGAGAGGACUGUAUGAAAUUCGAGUUGUUCAUCCUCAAAGGAAAGAAUUAAUCAGGUGGGGGGCCCCUAGCUAUAAACUCAGCUCCGGUGAACCUUCUGCGCCUUUGCAGGCUCUUGCGAAGCUGGCGUUUUGGGCAGUAGGGAUCAGGCUGAGAAGUCUCAUGUCUCGGUUACUGCAAUGUAUGCCUUGCCCUCUGUGUCCUCCCUGAGUGUCCUGUGAAUGUGGCAGGGUCAUGUAGAGCCAAAGCUCUUGCUUGACAAGUUCCCCACUGAGAAGGAGGCAAAGGGGCUGGCCUGCCCUUCUGGGUGCCUUCAGUGCAGGAGACUUAAGGUGAGGGAGCCUGGACAGGCUGCCAGCCUCUUCUGACCAUUGCCCAGCCCAAAGCCCCCACUCUUGCCAACUAAGUCAUCCUAGCUGGUAGGAGGGAGGCUUAUGAGGUGAGGAAUUGUGGGUGUGGGAUUUAUGUUGUGUCCCCUCUUUAUCCCUCAGCGUGAAUGCAUCUCAGUCCAUGUGGGGCAGGCAGGUGUCCAGAUGGGCAAUGCCUGCUGGGAGCUCUACUGUCUAGAACAUGGGAUUCAGCCUGAUGGCCAGAUGCCUAGUGACAAGACCAUUGGUGGAGGGGAUGACUCCUUCACUACCUUCUUCUGUGAAACCGGCGCUGGAAAACAUGUGCCCCGGGCAGUUUUUGUUGAUUUGGAGCCCACUGUAAUUGAUGAGAUCCGAAAUGGCCCAUACCGACAGCUCUUCCAUCCAGAGCAGCUCAUCACUGGGAAAGAAGAUGCCGCUAACAACUAUGCCCGUGGUCACUAUACCAUUGGCAAGGAGAUCAUCGACCCGGUGCUGGACCGGAUCCGCAAGCUGUCUGACCAAUGCACAGGACUUCAGGGCUUCCUGGUGUUCCACAGCUUUGGAGGGGGUACCGGCUCUGGCUUCACCUCGCUGCUGAUGGAGCGGCUCUCUGUUGACUAUGGCAAGAAGUCCAAGCUGGAGUUCUCCAUCUACCCGGCCCCUCAGGUGUCCACAGCUGUGGUCGAGCCCUACAACUCCAUCCUGACCACCCACACCACCCUGGAGCACUCAGACUGUGCCUUCAUGGUGGACAACGAGGCCAUCUAUGACAUCUGCCGCCGCAACCUGGACAUCGAGCGCCCAACCUACACCAACCUCAACCGCCUCAUCAGCCAAAUUGUCUCUUCCAUCACAGCUUCCCUACGCUUUGAUGGGGCCCUCAAUGUGGACCUGACAGAGUUCCAGACCAACCUGGUCCCCUACCCUCGCAUUCACUUCCCCCUGGCCACCUAUGCACCAGUCAUCUCUGCAGAGAAGGCCUACCAUGAGCAGCUGUCGGUGGCAGAGAUCACCAAUGCCUGCUUUGAGCCUGCCAACCAGAUGGUGAAGUGUGACCCCCGUCAUGGCAAGUACAUGGCCUGCUGUCUGUUGUACCGUGGAGACGUGGUGCCCAAGGAUGUCAAUGCUGCCAUCGCUGCCAUCAAGACCAAGCGCAGUAUUCAGUUUGUGGACUGGUGUCCAACAGGCUUCAAGGUUGGUAUCAACUACCAGCCACCCACUGUGGUGCCCGGGGGUGACCUGGCCAAGGUGCAGCGCGCCGUGUGUAUGUUGAGCAACACGACUGCCAUCGCCGAGGCCUGGGCCCGUCUGGACCACAAGUUCGACCUGAUGUAUGCCAAGAGGGCAUUCGUGCACUGGUAUGUGGGUGAGGGCAUGGAAGAGGGUGAGUUCUCUGAGGCCCGAGAGGAUAUGGCUGCCCUGGAGAAGGAUUACGAGGAAGUGGGCAUCGACUCCUAUGAGGACGAGGAUGAGGGGGAAGAAUAGAACAGCUCCUGGAGUCCAUUCACUAUGUUUAUUGCAAAAUCCUUUCGAAAUAAACAGUCUUCCUUGCACAGUUUGUUGUCACUCUGUGAGUGCUUAAGCUUUUGCUGCCUCCCCUUUGUGCUGCU